AUGUCCCUCGACACCAAAACCCCUCAAUUGUCUGUUAGCGAGCGUAGAGGCCAACGAUUGGCUCAUUUACAAACAAAUUUCAGUCGUCCAACCUCGCAAUUGCCUACUGUCGCAUCCUCUCGGCCGCUGCGUGUACGACCGUCAGACUACGAGGAUGUUCAAGAAGAACGAGUGCCUUUGCAACCGGCAAAUGUCAAACGGCAAUCGUCCAAGUCUAGCCUCCGCUACAUAUUCAGCCGUGAAAAGGCUCUUCGAAAGCCCACUGACUCGAAGCUCUCCGGCAUCGAUGAGGUGCAGAAUCUCAUGAAAGAUGCACAAGCUCCGAGUGAGACAACCGCUCCAUUAUCGCCAACUGCUUGUGCUACACCUCAGACCGCAACAACCGUCCCUACUCUCGUUACUUCCUCGCCAAUAGACUCGGAUCGAUCUAGGACGCCUUCCAAUCGACGACCAAAACCCCACGACCGCCAGCAGCUGGCCAGCGAUGUAGGGUGGAAACCCCCGCCGCUUUUCCAAGCCUAUCCACAAGCAAUCAAGCACACCACCCUUGAAGCUCCAGCUUUAUCUGCGGAUUCCAUUGUACGCCUUCACGCUACAUUCAAAGCAAAAGGAAGCAGCCUUGAGGAUCUUGAUCUACAUCUCACUCACUCAGCGAAUGGUGAACCUUCGGAGGAUCUUACAGCACGAAGGAGAAAGCUGGAGAAGGAAAGAAAGAAGUAUUUGCGAACGUUAUCCGAAAAUAUUGACAAGAACGAGUGGUCCCAGAAGGUCUACCUGCUUGCGACAUCUGGGUACAUUCUACAAUACUCAGGCAGGGGCAAACAUGACCGAUUACCGGAGAAAAUGCUUCUUCUGGGGCCUAAGUCUGUGGCAUUCGCUAGUGACGCGAUUCCGGGGAAACAUUGGGUGCUACAGGUGUCACAAACCGCUGAGGAGGAUGGCACAAAUCCUAUCGAAACAUCCAGGCCUAUUUUUUCACGUCUUGGGUUUCACAGAUCCCACGCUCGGCGGUUGGCACGCAAUUUUCUUCUAGUGUUCGAUGAUCCCGAUGAAAUGAGCGCCUGGCUGCUGGCUGUUCGGGCACAAAUCGAGACUCGCGGCGGCAAUAAGUAUGUGUCUGAAGGGGUCUUCGACGAAGAAAUGGAGUCUCAACUGCGAAGCACGCCCAGUAUGCGACAACUGAUAAAGAAGGAUCCCAACCGCUUUUCAACUAUGCUUCUCCAGCCGCAGCAAUCCGACAAAGAGUCGAGUGUCGGUGAUCAAUCCCGUCGCAACUCCUAUGUCUCUCUCCAUCGCCGGUCGAUGGUGAUCCAGCCCACACCGGAAUCCCGCGCUGGGUCAGUGUCCACUACUCAAACAGAGUCAAUUCCCACCACGGAAAAUCCGGGACGCUUUUAUGCUACGCUUGCCUCUCCUCCACUCUCUGAUGGCAAGGUCAUAUCCGAGGCUGCGUCUCCAGUGACAAGGCCUGCUAGUCCCACAUUCUCGAGCCCGAAAAAGAGACGGUCAAUGUUUCUUCCACAAACGACAAGUUCCGAGAUUGCUCAAAUACCCCGAGCCCAGUCGACCGUACCGGACGCUUACAUCCGAAGCACCUCCCCCCCAGCUCCUAACUUCAGCGUCCCAUCCUUCAGCAAGCGUUUCGCGGCACGUCAAGACAUCCCGCAGGUUCCUCAUUUGCCUUCUUCGGCUCACGGUGAUCAUCCGGACGACACUUCAAUGGAUACCCUAUCUAUUUUCUCAUCGCCGCCCCAAUCGCCUAGCCGACAAAUGCCCAGCAUUUCACAGAGAGAUCCACGCGACCACCGCCGACCAUCCAAUAGGCGCGACCUCCUCAAGCAGCAGCUUCGUGGGUCGAAUUCCGAAGAUUCGCUGGGACACGUCGGCCAAGAUCAAGAGUGUAUGCAUCUUCGCUAUUCGCAUUUUCCAGGAGAUAGUAUGCCGGCCUUGGCUACUGCCUCUGGUUUACUGCCUACAAGUACCCUAGCCAGCGUCCAACCAUCAGAACACUCCCUAAUUUCGCAAUUCCCUAAACCCGCAUCUGAGGUAAACAACACGUCCGACCAACACAAUCAACAAAUUCGCUCCUUACUUUACUACAAGCCUGAGUCUACCAGUCGCCCCUCAUCCAUCAUCAUAUCGCGACGUAAAAGCAUGUCCGGGCUCUCCAUCGGGCCACCAGUUGCACCUCCUCCGAACUGUCCCCUGCCAAAAAUCCCUUCUACAUUUAUCAAGGCUUCUGCGCAAUCCGGCUGGUCCAAACAGUCCGCACCAACAUCCUCUAUCGAAGGCUCCCAUGAAUCCUUGCCUACAUCCUCCCCUGAUUCCCCUCCUGGCCAUAUUCCAAAGACGACACGAAGCGUUUCCUCUCAUCAAAUGAUUCAUGGAAUAUAG